CAGGGGAAAGCAAUUUCUCCAAAACCCACAAGCGUCUGUGGUGCGGAACUUCUGUAUCGUGACGCACUGCUACCAAGUAAAAUAUUGUCAAAAUGUGACCGGCAAGUUACAAUUAUAUACACGAUUUGUGAAUGGUAGGUGAUAAAAAUGUAUAUGUAGGUGUUUUGUGCUUUCGAUGAUGCGUAAAAGCUGAGGGGACAUUCGAAGAGACGCAAAACCUGCUACGUGUAAACGUAGUUGGAAAAUAACUUUGAGAGGUGCUGAAAUGUGCUUAAUUCUAACGAAAAAGGCGAUUCUGAUUGCAAUCGGGGUACAACUUAUUAAGAAAGAAAAUACGAUAUUCUGUAUCAAUGCUAAUUGACAGGCGCGUCUUUAGGCGAUGGCGACCCAGACGGAAGAGAAAGCGCACAGCUAACGAAUACGGGACAGUGAGAGGCAGCUGCUGGACAAACCCUUGAGACCCGCUCAACAUUCAAGUAACAUCCCCGCUGAAGUUUGGUUAUAGGGAAGGGACUGUGCAGCUAGCUUUACGCAGUGCAACAAUCUGAGGAUAAACCCUGGAUUCACUCCAAGCAACAAAGUGGGGAAAACGUCUGCUGUGCAUAAAAGUGAGAUGCUUCGUCAUAUGUUCGAACAGUGAUACAGAUAAAUACAGAAAUCACACAACGAAGGCUGAGGGAGUGAUUACUUUUUACUUUUAAAUUUUCAAAUCUACCUCUUAUCAAUAUGUGCGAGAAAGUCGACUGGAGACAAUCGACUCCAGUGGAUUCUCUUGUGGACAGAGAGAGCAGUAACCUUAGCGUGCUCAACUGGGAACAAGUGCAGCGCCUGGACUCAAUCCUGGCUGGGUCCAUCCCCAUACACGGCCGCUGGAACUUCCCAACCCUGGAGAUGAAGCCGCGGGAUAUUGUCAAAGUGGUUAGGUGUCGUAUGGAGGAGAAAGGGAUUCGAGUCCGGGAAGUGCGCCUAAACGGCUCCGCGGCCAGCCACGUUCUCCACGAGGACAGCGGGUUGGGAUGGAAGGAUCUGGACUUGAUUUUCUGUGCCAAUAUGAAAGGCGAGUUGGAGUUCCAGACGGUUAAGGAUAUAGUUCUAGACGCUCUUCUAGACUUCUUACCCGAGGGAGUGAACAAGGAGAAGAUCACACCAGUGACCUUAAAGGAGGCCUACGUGCAGAAGAUGGUGAAGGUGUGUAAUGAUUCAGACCGCUGGAGUCUCAUCUCGCUCUCCAACAACCGAGGGAAGAAUGUGGAGUUAAAGUUUGUGGAUUCUUUACGGCGGCAGUUUGAGUUCAGCGUGGACUCCUUCCAGAUCCGGCUGGACUCCCUGCUCCUCUUCUACGAGUGCUCCGAGCACCCCAUGGCCUCCACCUUCCACCCCACCAUCCUGGGAGAGAGCGUCUAUGGCGACUUCUCCACCGCCCUCGACCACUUACGCCAACGCCUCAUCUGCACGCGGAGCCCCGAGGAGAUUCGCGGUGGCGGCUUACUAAAAUACUGCCAUCUUCUGGUGCGCGGUUUCCGUGCGGCUUCUGGGACCGAAAUGAAACUCCUUCAGCGCUACAUGUGCUCCAGGUUCUUCAUAGACUUCCCGGAGGUGGGCGAACAGAGAAGGAAGCUGGAAUCGUACCUCCAGAACCACUUUGUUGGUCUGGAAGACAGGAAGUACGACUACCUGGCCACCUUGCAUGGAGUGGUGCGGGAGAGCACGGUGUGUCUGAUGGGCCUUGAGAGAAGACAGACCCUGGGGCUCAUUUCCUCGCUGGCCCUCCGAGUCCUCGCCGAGCAGAACGUCAUCCCCAACGCGGCCAACGUCACCUGCUUCUACCAGCCGGCGCCUUACGUGGCUAACGGCAACUUCAGCAACUACUACGUGGCGCAGGUGACAUACCCCCCAGCGCAGUACCCCCCAGCGCAGUACCCCCCAGCGCAGUACCCCCCAACGCAGUACCCCCCAGCGCAGUACCCCUCAGCGCAGUACCCAAACCCAUCGCACCAUGCGCCUCCUCACUGUCCCAUGUACACGUGGAUGCCCUGUAACUGACUGUUUGAAAGGGGACGCUUGAAAUCCGUCAGUCAUCGGACGGUGGCGCGCUCAUCCUAAACGGCUGGAUCAUAGUGCCACAGUGGUUCCUCUCUGUGUUCUAAUGGGAAGAUGAAGAGGGGGGUGGGGGUGGGGGCCGUUUUGCUUUUGUGCGCAUGAUGGGGAGGAGAGUAAGGAUGCCACUUGGAUGUGGUUUCACCUUAUUCCGGGCAGAAAGUCAGCGGUUGGAGGUGGAAAGCAAAAGGAGGCAAGCCAGGAGGAGGCUUACCUAUAAGGAGGCGACAGCCUACUUGGAAUGGCCCCAGAGUUAGGAGCAUUAGGCCCAAGGCUGAAUUAUAACAGCCUUGAGGAUGCAGCGAAACUAUGUAGCGGACAUGUCCACAGUGACAGCAGUCAUAGUUUUACAAGCAACGGCUUGUGUUGGACUUGCACUCGAAAAACACUCUUACCUGCAGUGUACUCGUAUCACUGACACUCAAAGACAGCGGACAGUGUCAUAAGCAGUCUCAUAGGCACACGCCUAGUAUACAGUGAAGUUAAGUGAUGUCAGAGAAUACAGGAAGUUGUAGGCCUGGUACAGCCGGAUUGACUAUAAAGAACUUUUUCUAACCAUUUUCUAACUAAUGAAAAGAAGAAGUGAGAAAAUAAUGUCUUGACCCAAACAAUGCAAAAGAGAACUGGAUAUUGUUUAUAGAACUAAUAUCUGUCUUUAUAAUACUCAUAAUUUAGCCGAUUAAAGAGAAGAACAACAAAAUGCACAGAAAAUGCAAUAUGUGAAUAUUUUUGGUUAAGUGCCUACAUGUCUAGAAGGAAGAAACAGGUUGUUAUAUUUUUGUAAAUAAACUCAGACCUGGUUAUUGUAGACAAUGGGCCUUUUAGAGGGUUUUAAGGCAUGUCAUUGUGUGUAAAGACAUUUAUUUUGGACCAUAACAGGACACAGCAUGAGUUCAUAAUGAUGUAGACGGACAAGGUUUGAAACUUCGACUUACAGAAGUGGGUCUCAUAUCUCCCAAGACAAGAAACUAUAAUUGGAGGAAGAAAGGCAAAGGGCAUAGAAAGUGCAGGAAAAUGGAGGAGACAGUAAAGCCAUGUUCACACUGGCAGUUUGAAGUGAAAUCUUAUUUCCAUAUCCAAUUAGAAUCUAACGUUUUAUAUUUCAAACCAUGUUCUAAACCAAGCUCAUUGGUGGAUACAAAUCAAAUUCCUACACUAUGAUUUCAAACAUUCAAAGCAACUGGAAAACUUUAAUAGCAUACCUUCAUGUUGUCGGCUUAUAGAAGGGUGAUAAAUGAACAGAAAAACCUUUAUAAUGAGGGGUUCUGCACUGCAAACCCACUAUAGUAUCUCUCUCUUGAUGGACUGUUUCUUGCUGACACAGUUAUAUCACGUCCUGCAUUGACGUUUUCAGUCACCAGGGAAAGAGUUGCUGUUCUGUUUUCUCCUAACAUAUUGCAGUAAUGCACGAGCAUCGUCGAUUUUGCACUUUCAACCACAAUGUCCAGCCAUGUAUACCAACGUGUGUCCUGCAGAUGUAACUUUAGCCACUGUUCCUUUUGAAACACUGGCCUGUGGAGCAGUCUUUGUGUCUAAUUCUCCUGCCAUCUGUGCCCCAGUAAGGAACCUUCUUUCAAAGCCACUUAGAUCCAUUCCUCUUGCCAUCUUGAUCCAAAAUGGAGGUCAACUGGGCCACAGAGGCACAUAGCAUGAUGGGAUGUUAAUAGCUUAAUUGUAUCAUUCAGUGCACCUGUAUGGAAGCAUCUGCAUUCGUUAAGUUCCUCCGCUCAUUUAUUCAGGUUUUUCCUUUCAUUUGUCACUUGUCUGUAGCUUGGUACAGAACUUCUAAAUAUGAAGCACUAAGCACGACCACCAAUCAUCCCACAGCAAUGCACAUUCACACUUUAUUUCUAAGGACAACUAGCCAACUGUAUACACACAAAUCUUAUUUAGUCACUUAUAAUUUGCUGUUCAGACUCCCAGUAUUCUACAAUGGAUAAGAAAAACAAAACGUAUUCGAUCAACUCAUUGUAGGCCUGCAGUGUGAACAAAGCUUCAGGAUUAGGCCUGUAAACGGCAGCACACGUGUACCCUCUGUUGACUGAGAGUAUAUAGUAGAGGGAUGGUCCUGAACGUGUUGCUUGAGAGACAUUUUAGUGCUAUUUUAUUUAGAGUGUGUGUAUGGGCAAUAUAUGUGUGUGUUCACAAGGUGUAAAUUGUCCUUUGCUGUUCUCCUUUUUUGUGACAUUUCUGAUUUUAACUUCUAAGGGAUUCCAUGUGUGGUGUUAGAAAGGAAGAGUGUAUAAGGUGAAGAGUAGAUGGUCGUUCCAUUUGACGUUUAUCACUUUUGAUUUUAAAGAUACCUUUCAUACAUCCUUGUCUAUGGUGGAAGUGGUCAGAAUGUGAGUUUCAAAACAAUAUUUUGGGACUUGGAUGCCAAAAUAUUCAGGAUAUUAAUUCAAAGGUGA